AUGAUCCUGGACUUAGAACCAGAUGAGGAGCUAGAAGACAACCCAAACCAGAGCGACCUGAUCGAGCAGGCGGCAGAAAUGCUUUAUGGCCUCAUACAUGCACGGUACAUCCUCACCAACAGAGGCAUCGCACAAAUGUUGGAAAAGUAUCAACAGGGAGAUUUUGGACAUUGCCCGAGAGUCUAUUGUGAAAACCAAACCAUGCUACCUAUUGGACUGUCAGACAUUCCCGGAGAAGCCAUGGUGAAGCUUUACUGUCCCAAGUGCAUGGACGUGUACACACCCAAGUCGUCCAAACACCACCACACAGACGGAGCCUACUUCGGCACAGGCUUCCCCCACAUGCUGUACAUGGUGCACCCCGAGUACCGGCCCAAGAGACCCGCCAACCAGUUUGUGCCCAGACUUUACGGUUUUAAGAUCCACCCCAUGGCCUACCAGCUGCAGCUGCAGGCCGCCUCCAGUUUUAAGAGUCCCGUCAAAAGCACCCGCUAG